AUGGCCAUCUCGUGGAAGUCGUUUGACUUCUUCGAUGUCUCUCGGGUGUCACUGCCUGAAGCCGAGGCCGCCCAACUAUUCGAAAGCAACGAUAUUUCGAGCGUAUGCGCUGGCUCGGAGAACCUGUUCCUGGGGUCAAUCGAUGGCUCUGUCAGCAUUAUCGGCAAGAACUGGAAGGUUGUGAACAAAUUCCAGGCACACGACGCAGGACAAGUUACGCAUAUGCGCCAGGUCGAAGGAACCAGCAUCCUCGUCACGGUCGCAGAAGACUUGAGCGGCGAGCCGGUUCUCAAAGCCUGGGCUCUCGAUAAGCUUGUCAAGAAGACAAACAUACCUACUUGCCUGAGUACAAUCACUGUCAGCAAUGGCAGGCGACAGUUUCCGAUCUCCGCCUUCACUGCGCUCGACGAUCUCUCCCAAAUUGCGGUCGGCUUUGCCAAUGGUGCCGUCACGGUCAUUCGCGGGGACUUGAUCCACGACCUCGGGACGAAACAGCGAAUAGUAUAUGAAUCAGAGGAGCCCGUAACGGGAGUGCAACUCAUGGAAGACGAAAAAAUCACAACUCUCUUUGUGUCGACUACGUCUAGGAUACUCAAGCUUGGCUUGUCAAAGAGAGGCCAAGGGCUUCCGCCGAAAACCGUCGAGGAUAGCGGGUGUGCGGUAGGCUGCAUGACCCUGGAUCCUGUCACAGGUGAUAUUGUCGUGGCGAGAGAGGAUGCGAUCUACACGUACAAGAUAGAUGGACGUGGUCCCCCGAAGGCGUAUGAAUCGCCGAAGAAGAUGAUUGCUGUACACCAAGACUACAUGGCACUAGCUUGCCCACCGAUGUCUAGCAGUGAACCGGACUCCAUACGUCGCCGAUUCACGAAUGGUGCAGAUGGCCUAUUUGACUCGUCCACGUUUGUGCUGCUCGAGCCUGAUUUGCGCAUCAUUGCCCACACAGAAACCUUGAUUUCGCCGGUCAAGUUUAUCUUUGAAGUUUGGGGCGACAUUUUCUCAGUAACAGAGCAAGGGAAGGUCUAUCGGUACCACGAGAAAUCACUACAGCAGCGACUGGAAAUGAUGUACCAACGGAACAUGUUCCCCCUGGCCCUGGAGCUCGCGAGAAACGCCGGAAUGAACAGUAAAGAGCAGAGUGUCAUAUAUCGCAAGUUUGGUGACCAUCUAUACCAAAAGGCUGACUAUGAUGGUUCAAUGGUGCAAUACAUUCGGGCUAUCGAUACUACCGAACCGUCGCAAGUUAUUAGAAAGUUUCUGGACACGCAACGAAUACACAAUCUGAUUCGGUAUCUGGAAGAACUACACGAACAUAGAAAGGCAACAUCAGACCACACAACGUUGCUACUGAACUGCUAUGCCAAACUCAAGGACAAAGAGAAGCUGGAGAAAUUCAUACAAUCUCCUGGUGACCUCAAAUUUGACCUUGAUACUGCCAUCUCGAUGUGCAGACAGGGGGGCUACUACGAACAGGCCGCCUACCUGGCAAAGAAGCACGGCGAAACGGAGCUGGUGGUCGAUAUAUUGAUCGAAGAUUCCAAGAAUUAUGCUGCUGCGCUCGAAUACAUUUGGCACCAAGAUCCAGCAAUUGCGUACCCUUGUCUGCGGAAGUAUGCUCGGGUCCUCAUCGAACAUUGUCCAACAGAAGCAACCAAGCUAUUCAGCGAUUAUUACACUGGUCGAUAUAGGCCAAAGCGAACGCCCGUCGCUGUAAUUGAAAGCGCUGGGCAGUCCUCGAACGCAUUUACUUCUGGCGCUGCUAGCGCUGUACAAAAUCUUUCAAAUCUUUUCACUUUGCCGUACAUAAGCCCAACCUCAGCGACGGGUACACCUGGUGGUACCAGACCAGCCGUGGAAGGCCUUGCGCCUAACGAAGACGACUACCCGCCUCCUAAAUACACCCCACCCGAACCAAGAACAGCGUUCUCGUCGUUCAUCGAUCAUCCAAAUGAAUUUAUCGUGUUUCUAGAAGCAUGCCUGGAAGAAAGCGGCCUUCGAACAUCAGACCAAACAGACUUAUAUACGACCCUGUUCGAAAUGUAUUUGUACAAGGCUGGUGAAAGAAAGGGUCUGCACAGAGAAGAGUGGGAGGCAAAGGCAAAAAGGCUAAUUCAGGGCGAGCAUGUGCCCAUGGAAAGUUCCAACGUCUUAUUGCUGUCGCACUUGUCUAACUUCAAGGAUGGCACCGUACUGGUCAAAGAGCAAGCUGGACUCUUAUCGGACAUAUUUCGGUCCUAUACUUCGGCACGAGAUACUCAAGGGGCGAUGAAAGCACUGCGAAAGUACGGGCCAGAGGAGCCUCAGCUGUACCCUGCUGCGCUGGCUUACCUGACUUCGGACCCCAAGGUCCUAGACGAGGCAGGGCACGACGAGCUUGCGGGAAUCUUGGCUAAGAUUGACCAGGAUGGCUUGAUGGCCCCCUUGCAAGUCAUUCAAACACUGGUUGGUCAGUCUGGCGGUGGUAGUUUUGCAACAAUGGGCAUGAUCAAACCAUACCUGCAAGAAACGAUUACUCGCGAGCGCAAACAGAUUUCAAGCAAUCGUCACAGAAUCAGGACACUGCGCGCAGACACGGAAAAGCGACGGACCGAAAUUGAAGAGCUCAAUUCAAAACCUGCUAUAUUUCAAGCUACUCGAUGCAGUGAAUGUGGUCAAGGCUUGGACUUGCCGACGAUACACUUUCUGUGCAAGCACAGUUUUCACGAACGAUGCUUGCGGAGCGGCACGAAAGAGGACGCGGAAUGCCCCAAAUGCUCUGCCGGCAACGACAUGAUUCGGAAAAUCCGCAAAGGACAACAAGAGGAAGUCGAUAAGCAUGAGCUGUUCAAGUCGGCUCUGGAGAGGAGCGAGGACAAGUUUGGGACUGUCGCGGAGUGGUUUUCACAUGGCGUGAUGGAUUCGUCACAAAACGCUGAGCACGCCCCAUAG